UGUUAGAAAUAAAUAACUAAAAGAAAAAAAAAAGCGCUUAGUCUAGUCUGGGGGGUUUAACGAAGGGGAUAUUGGGCGUGGGCAAACUGGAAAACCAAAGACAUUGAUACAGGGCAAAUGAUUUCUACAUCGACUUGGUGCCGUUACCUGGCCAGAAAAUUGGAGUACUCCGUCUCCGUUUGUUGGAAGAGCUAUAGAAGAGGUCAAAUCAGUGAUAGAGAGUUUGGUGAUGCAGUUUGGAAAAAUCUACUUCAGGGGAGGUUGACAUAUUUACACUGGAAUAAAGGACAGGAAAUGGCACCUAUAAUUGGAGAGCAAGGGGGAACUCUUCUUGUACGGAAAUUGCCAGCUGCUAAUCCAACACAUGUUUUUGUUGGAGAUGUAGUGGUCGUAAAGGAUCCUGAUAAUACCGACAACUUUCUAGUCAGAAGAUUAGCUGCUGUCGAAGGGUAUGAAAUGGUGUCUAGUGAUGAAAAAGAUGAACCUUUUGUUCUUGAGAAUGAUCAGUGUUGGGUUUUGGCCGACAACGAGAAGUUGAAGCCCAAGGAAGCAAAUGACAGCCGAAAAUUUGGCCCGGUUCCCAUGUCGGGCAUAGUUGGCCGAGUCAUAUACUGUCUACGUACAGCUGUGGAUCAUGGUCCUGUUCAGAAUAGUCAUUUCAGCAUGCGUAAGGAUUCACCAGUGUUGGAGGUGGAACUAGAUGUAGACGAGAUGGUUAAAAAUCACAAACUCUUUUAACUGAUUUGGUUUGCAUUUGUUCGGCGACUUGAGUAACUGGGUCUUCCUUUGCAACUGAAAAGUAUGAAGGCAGCCUAGUUGAGUUCUGCGGUUUCAACUUUAUUUAACAUUGCCUUGGACCAGGAUUGUAACCUCAAAAUCUACACCAGGAAAAGAAGAUACUAGAAUUCUUAUGCUGCCUCUUUCUGGAGGCUUGUGUUUACUUGUCUUCAUUGCCAUAUAUGAUCUUUGCUCAUAUCAAAUUUUAUUUUAACACUUGGGAAACAUUUUUGUUUUCAAAAUAAAUUUGGGCUGCUGCUGUCUUUCUCCUA